AUGGAUGCAAAACUCAAAUCCUCUCUCACAUUCCUCACUUUUAUUCUUAUUGUUUUCUUCUUUGUGUCUUUGUCUCCUAAGGUAUCACAAGCUAGGGCAUUGCUGAGUCCAUUACAAGGCAAAGAUAGUGCCAUUGGAGAGGUAAAAGGAGUGUUCAGGACAUUGAAGGGAGAUGGUCCAUCCCUUGGAGUUGGACAUAGGUUUGUUGGAGAGAUGAAGGAUUCUGGUCCUAGUCCAGGUGAAGGGCACAAGAAAAACACCAACGACGGACUCUCAUAA